AUGCUCCACGGCGAGAUCAUCGAUGCAUUGGCCCAUCUCGAUGAGCCUGGUCCCGUCAAGAUAUGCCGGGUAGUGGUCGAAUUCUACGAAAACCAGAUGGCGUUUGAGAUCGAGUCCCCGUGUGGUACUACGCGUGUCUCGUUUUUCACCGCUGCCGACUCAGGUCUCCGCGGCGCUGAAAAACUAGGCAUAACCCAAAAGCACGUUCCAGAAGACCUCUUCUCCUCAGCAGGCCUCACCAACGUCCGCGCCUUCAUCAACCAAGCCCUCGAAUGGUCCCCUCCCCCCACCGCGAUACCCACACUCCCAACCCGCCUCAUCGACGUCGGCGGCCGCCCCGACCAGGAAGACCCACGCCUCGUCAUCCCAAGCGAGCACCCACCGCUCCGGGACUCCGCUCCCACCGAUGUCGCGCAGCGGCGCUACAUCGCCCUCAGCUACUGCUGGGGCACGCCGCAUGCUGGCGGCGGCCAGUCGCUGCUGCUCAAAACCGAGACAGCCAACCUCGCCGAAUUCCAGCACCGCAUCCCGCUCGACCUCUUCCCGCCCGCCCUCCGCGACGCCAUCCUCCUCACGCGCCGCGUCUGCGGCGGCGUUGUGCGCUACAUCUGGAUCGACGCCCUCUGCAUCGUGCAAGACGACCGCCACGACUGGGAGCGCGAGGCCGCCCGCAUGGCCGCCGUGUAUCAAAACGCGCAUCUGACCUUCUGCUCGACGCAGGGGUCCUGCGGCGAUGGCUUCGCGCAGCGGCCCAACGAGACGGCCGAAGUGCCCUUCUCGCAGCACCUCGCGGAGGGUGCCGGGGUCCAGGGUUCGUACCACCUGACCAGGUGGAUGGCCGAGAACUUCGAGUGGGACUCGCGCGGCUGGACGAUGCAGGAAAUCUACUUCUCCGCCCGCGCGCUGCUCUUCAGCAAGAUGCAGACGUACCUGUGGGACACGCACAGCGCCGCCGAGGCGGACGAAGACGGCGUGCGUGUGCCUGGCGAAGCCGUCUUCCAACCGGAAAGCCAGCGCCAGUGGUGGGCGGAGCAGGUCAUUGACGGGCGCAGCUGGCGCCUGGACGACGACGAGGACGACAGCACAAACCCUGACCUGGCUCGCCGCCGCCUCUACGAGAACUGGUACGGCAAGAUGAUCGCGUACUCCCGCCGCGCCCUGACUUUCCCUGCCGACCGCCUUCCCGCCAUAUCCGCGCUCGCCUCGCGCAUGCAGGCCAAGUUCGACGCUCUCCUUCUGCCCUCAGGCCAGCACGAAUCCUACGUCGCCGGCCUCUGGGCCCGCGAUCUCCCAGGCGGCCUGCUCUGGUCCGUCCCCGUCUUCGACGCCGACCCGGCGCCCAGCUUUGCCGACUACUUGGCCCAACGCACCGAUCCUGAGCUGUUCGUCGCGCCGUCGUGGAGCUGGGCGUGUCAGGACGAGACGGCGUUUUUCUACGGGUACGGCGCGGACUUUGUGGCGCUGGGCACCGUCGAGCAUGUUGAGGUAAAGCCCGCUGGGCUGGAUGCGUUUGGGAGGGUUAGGGGCGGGGAGGUUGUGGUGGGCGGGUGGAUGGCGAGGGUGCCGUGGGGGUAUUUUGAGGUUAAUCAGGUCGAUAGGGAGGGGAUGAACUACGAAGCUGUGAGACGGGAUGGUGGGGUGAGGACGGGGCCGGGGGGGAUAACGUUGAUGGCGCCGGGGGGUGGAGAGGCGGAGGUGGAGUUUGAUUGGUGGGUGGAGGAUGAGAGGCAUGCGGAGUAUUGGCCGAGCGGGAGUUUCGUGGUUAUGAUUAUCGGGAUGAGCGUGUAUCCAGAGGAGUUGGUGCCGGCGAGCCCAGAGGAGGGGUGGGAAUUGUUUAGGAAGGCGGCGGAGGUGAAGGGGGAGCCGGGGGACCGGGUCGUCGUGCAGGAGGAUGGCGAGGUUGCGAGGUUUGACUCGAUUUUCGUCCUUGGGAUUGUGUUGCAUGAGACGGAAGAGCCUGGGGUGUAUUUAAGGGCGGGGUAUUUGAGGGGCUCUGCCUUUGAAGAUACGCUUGCGGAACUCAGAGAUGCGGAAUAUCGCACGGUUAAAAUUAUAUAA